AUGCCACUUUACAGACAUUUUGUUGGCUGGCCUGGCAAAUCCCAUGACGCACGUGUUUUCAGCUGUUCAAACAUUGGACAAAGAACCAUUAAUGGGAAUUUAAUCGAGGGUGGUACUUUAACCAAACAAAUUAAUGGAAAAAACAUUGAACCGUUCCUUAUCGGCGAUCCUGCUUAUCCUUUACUGAAACACCUAAUGAAAAACUAUGCUGGUGCUAAUUUGGGACAUGAGAAGGAAUAUUUCAAUUAUAGGUUAAACCGUGCACGCAUUAAAAUUGAGAGAGCAUUUGGCCUUUUGAAAGGUCGGUGGCGAUGCCUUCUACAUCCUUUAGAAUGUGACAUUGAGAAGGUUUCACUCCAUGUUACUGCCGCCUGCAUUUUGCACAAUAUAUGUCAGGAAGGUAAUGCUGAGUAUCGUCAAGAAUGGGAUGACAGGAAUAAUGAUGAUUUGGAUUACCAUUCAGAAUCAAAUUCAACAAGAGAGGAAAAUGAAACUGUUGAAAAUGCUGAAGAUAUUAGAAAAGUACUAACUCAUUAUGUCUCUCAUUAUUGA